UGUGUGGGUUUGGGUUAGUGCAGCCCAAGCUGAAAUGGAGAAGGAGUGUAUAAAAGGCCAGAGUGUGUAAAACCCUACCUCUUCCAUUGUUGUUGAAGCUGCACACGAGAGUUUCCGCGGCUGGAUCAGGAGAACAAGAUUCCAACAUGAAGUUUAACGUUGCGAAUCCAACCACUGGAUGUCAGAAGAAGCUUGAAAUCGAUGAUGACAUGAAGCUUCGUGCUUUCUGGGACAAGAGGAUCUCACAGGAAGUCCUUGGCGAUGCCUUGGGAGAGGAAUUCAAGGGUUACGUCUUCAAAAUUACUGGUGGGUGUGACAAACAAGGAUUCCCAAUGAAGCAGGGAGUGUUGACACCUGGCCGUGUUAGGCUCUUGCUCCAUAGAGGAACUCCUUGUUUCCGUGGACAUGGAAGGCGCAAUGGAGAGCGAAGAAGGAAGUCUGUUCGUGGAUGCAUUGUCAGCCCUGACCUCUCUGUUUUGAACUUGGUUAUUGUGAAGAAAGGUGAUAAUGAUCUUCCAGGGCUUACUGAUGUUGAGAAGCCAAGGAUGAGAGGUCCUAAGAGAGCAUCCAAAAUCCGUAAGCUGUUCAACCUGUCAAAGGAUGAUGAUGUGCGAAAAUAUGUUAACACCUACCGUAGAACUUUCACCACCAAGGAUGGGAAGAAGGUUAGCAAAGCUCCAAAGAUACAGCGAUUGGUCACUCCUUUGACACUCCAAAGGAAGCGAGCAAGAAUUGCAGACAAGAAGAAGAGAAUUGCUAAGGCAAAAUCAGAGGCAGCAGAUUAUCAGAAACUCCUUGCAUCCAGAUUGAAGGAGCAGAGGGAACGCCGAAGUGAGAGCUUGGCUAAGAAGAGGUCCAGACUAUCGAGUGCUAAGCCAUCUGCCACAGCAUAAGCAGCUUACAGCUAGAGAUAUGGUGAAGUUUGAAUUUUGCAACAGUUUUCAUUAGUCUUGUUCCAUGAGGGUGUUAAUGACAAACUUUUAUGAUGUUUUAAUUUAAAUACAUUUGAGUUUAUUGACUUAUUAUUAAAUGUUUGUUUGAGAUUUCAUUUGAAUUGAAUUUUGUCUAGUUCAAAUUUAUCAAUUUGAUGUUA